UACUGGAUGUAUCCCCUUUGCAUUGUUACCACAUCUGUAACUAUGUUUUUUUUAUGGUUGGCAACCAUUACUCAAGAUUUACUAAACAGACCUGGCCAGGGUGUCUUCUCUCCGGUGACUCAUCAGGCUUGAAGUCACUCCUUUCUGUAGCGUAGGCUGGGGUCCCCCUCCUCUUGCUGCUGCUCCUGUUGCAUCAAGCCACAAAAGAGAGAGAGGGAGGGAGAGAGAGAGGCUUUGCAAUAGCUGGGUCCCCGCCCAGAAACUUCUGGCUCACUGCCAAGCAAGCAGGGCGUAGUAUAUUUUUUUAAAAAAGAAAGAAAUUUCAUGAAAGCCAGACUGAUUCAUAGAAACUCUUCUAAAGCACAGUCAAAAAGACACCACCCAUCCCAGCACACCAGCAGGGGAAACUUAUAACCCUCGCCAGCCGGAGCACUCCCUUCACUGCAGCUCUGAGUUUCAAGGCAGCCGGAGUUCAAGAGCACAGCUCCUUCUGCAAAAGACCUCUUUCUCUAAGGUAAGGAUGCUUCCCAACAGAACCUGACUGUGCCUUGUGGCUUUGCAAUUUUGUCUUGUUUGGAGCUAGCACCUGCCUGUCUUUCCUCUCCUCCACUUUCGGGCUCACAAAGUUUCAGAGAGUUUGGAGAGGGGGACAGGCUGUCCUUGAUUUUAAUGCACUUGCCCUGUUGCUGUUUAAUUCAUUUGGAAGACCCCAGUCCAGCGACGUUUCUUGCUGGCGUCCCAGACACUGUAUGCAGGCUGCAUUCCUUGCAACAAUUAGAAUAUGGGGGUUCACUUAGAAGAGGGAAAUGGAACGAAGUGCCUAAUGGGUGACUGUUGCAGAGAGGGGAAUUGCUACAUUCCUGUAUUGUGACACGCAUGCAUUUGCAAACCUUGCGGGCAGGAGAAAGUCAAAAUCUAAAGAAAAGUCAACUGAAGGAAGGGCUGACACUUGCCACAAGGAUGACCACAAUUCAGGUACUCUGGAAGAAACGGGCACAAUCCGUUUGUUCCAGAGUAACUGACUCUGCUCAAUAUAUUGUCCCUGCACUGUGUACAGUGAGUCUUCUUCUAUUGCAUUAGCAGGUCUGGUCUGUGACACUUGGGUCCCCUCCCAAGCCCUCAUAGUUAGAAAGAUUUAACUUGAGCUGGGAAGAUUCCCAGCUAGCAAGAAUGAUGUUGAAUACGCCCUUUCAGCUGGAAAAGUAACAAUGGUUUUUAAAGUGGGGGCGGUUAUUUGAAGUGGGGUGGAUCUACACAGUUUGGAGUGUCUUAACAAGUUGUAAGCUAUUGGGCUGUGUGUGGAACUGGAACACAUAGCUUAGCGUGCCUUCCUUUCCCCAGAAAUUCCUCUGGGGAAGGAAAUCCUUUAAGGGCGAUCCCUUAAUAAACUUAUAUUGCAUUGAUUGGACUUAAAGAGUGAAUUAGCUAAUGGGCACAACAAGUGCAUUGUUUGAGUGUAGAUUGUGCCAUGCACACGCAGUGUUUUGCAACGCAGAUGGCAUCAUUGUCACGAGCAAUUUCUACAUGCCUCUUGGUGCUCCUGCCAAGUAUCACCUGUGCAGAGUGAUAUUUAACUGGCAAAUGUUAUUGAAUGCUUUGCACCCAAGGCAGUUAAGCACUUGUGGACCUUCAAAUAGAGGGAUCUUCCACUGAGGUCAGCGCUUUGCUGCAUUCCAGUAGUGGAUCAAACAAGAAAACAUUUCAAGGAUUAUAUUACAGUUCCCCACCUCCAUCUGCUCAGAAGUAGGUCUCACCAUGGCCAUUUGGUCUUACUUAGGUAAAUAUGCAUAGGGCUGCAACUUUAUACUCACCUGUCAAAAAGGCCUCUGGUUAUAUAGCAGCAUUAUAGAUCUUUAUUUUUUAAUGAAAGAUUAUAUAUAUGUAACUGAAGUGGCGGUGGAGGAAAGAUUUUGUUUGAAUCGACUUGCACGCUGCCUGAAGGAAUGCAGCUUUCCCUAGGUGUGGCCCAUUUCAACAUGUUUCCAGGGAGGGGAGGGUUCUCUCUCCUCGCACAGACAAUGAAGGGAACAAAACUCCAUUUGGAGGAAGAGAUGACUCAGUUUGCCCCCAGUACAAACCAAGCUGGCCCUGUUAAGUAUUCCCUCCAGCAGUCCCAUCCAAGUACCUGGAAUGAUCCAAACUUUGCCUCCAGAUUCAUCUCAUGCUGCUAGCAAAAUAUAUAUAUAUAUAAAUAUAAAUGCCCAAGAGGUGGAAUGGGCAAGGCCCAUUAAGCUCAUGCUUAAACGUAGAUUGCUUCCAGAUAACACGGCACUGCAGAACCCCCUAAUUAAACGGGCAAUUAUUUAGACUUUCAUGAUAAUGGUCCACAAUAUCCUUGGCAUAUGCUUAGCCUUUAGCAUGAAUAUUUCACUAAUGCUCGGGAUCUGCCAUGUUGUGCUAGCUAAGGCAUGCCCACCGAGUAAGAAUUAGGACUUCUGCUUUGAAGACCUAGAGGUGCAUCACGUCCUGUGGGUUGCAUUCCAAAUAGAAUGCUUUUCUUUGUGCAUGAUGCCUUUGAUCUUCUCUUGUGCACAUUUGCGCUAUUAAAAACAAAUAUAUGUGUGAAUGAUAGCUGGUGCUGGUUUUAUGUUUGCAUUAGCAGGUGUGGAUGACGCAAAAGGCCCUUCUGGGCUCACGUGUGGAGAAAAACCGCACCUUUGCUUUUUAACUCCAUUGGAAGGGUAGGGAACUUCCACCAUGGGCCAAAGAAGGCCGAUGGAGUCAAAGUUGGGAAGGCUCAUAGACAAAUAAGUGGGGCAAAUGUUUCAGAGCUUUCUUCCCCCAUCCCACCUCACCCCAUAUGUUUAAAGCAAGGCUUGUUGAGUGCUAGAUGGACUUCAAGAACAGGAGAGAUUCUCUCACAAGCCGGGAAAUCAUUCCCCAGUUGGAUCAUGUUGCAGAUGCAUCAUGUGCAGUGCGCCCAUGAUUUUUGGGCUGUGUGCUGCACAUGCAAUGCCAUGUGACGGAGGGCUUUGUGUGGUCAUGAAAGCUGUGGUUGGGCUGAGAACCAUUCUGGAAUGUUUCAGGUGACUCAGCCUGUGGUGUGUAGGAGGGGAAGAGAAGAUGGUGCUUGCUCAAGGAACCUCACAUGGCAGGGAGAGGGACCCACCAAAUCUGCUGCCUUGCCUGCCACUUAGCCACAGCCCUGUUGGAUCAAUCAAAGGUCCAUCUAUUCCAGCAUCUGGUUCCCACCAGUGGAUAGUCUGAGAUACCUCUGGGAAGCCCAUAAACAGCACAGGAAGGCAAGGGUUUUGUUGUCGUUGUCUCUUCCCAGCAUCUGGUAUUCAUUUUGCAGAGAUACUGCAUCUGAACAUGGAGCUUCCACUUAUUGCUCGUGGCCAAUAGACAUUGAUAUGAAAUGACAACUAUCAUUAUUAGUCAACCAGAUCCCACAAGCAAUUAUCAUAAGGCAUCAGUCCUGUUAGUUGCCCUCAGCUAACUGGCAAUCUAAACCUUCCUCAUUAGCUUAUGUGCUUGUUAAGGUCUUCACCAGUGUGGAACCUACUGCCAAAGGCAAAUGGCGGCUCUGGAAAAGGCUUUCUCUGUGGUGGCCCCCUAGGGCUGGAAUGCGCUCCCCAGGGCUGCUUGUCUGGCAUCUAGGAUGAUAAGUUACAGGUACGACUAGAUCAAGAACUUAAAAGGAAAAUUGGCCAGGCUUUCCCCCUCGCUGGUAAAUAAAUAAAAAGCGGGGGGGGGGGGAGAAAAAUAUGAUCCUAACUAUUUUAUAGUUUCUCUUUUUACUUUAUUUCAAUAUUAAUGCUGCUUUAUUUUAAUAUUAAAGGCUGGUAUUUGUUUUAGUGACAUUUUAAUUGAUUCUCUGAAACAUUUAAAUGUAAACAUGGAAUAUAAUUUUUAGACAAAUAAACCUUUUUUUAUAGGUUCUCUGUACUCGUUCCAUGCAGUUUAUUUCUAAAAAGAAAUCCAUAAUUUAUGUUUCUGUUCCUGGCAUUUCAAAAGUAGGAUGGGAUAAAAUCUUAUCACCAGCCUUGGAGUGCUGGGGUAUGGCCUGAAGACAUGUGAGACCACCGCCUCACUGAAGCUAAGCAGGUUUAGGUCUGGUCAGCGCCUGGAUGGGUGACGACUUGGCAACCCCCAUAUACCGUAUGUCACCUUGGGCUGCAUGAUGCCAGAGGGGUAGGAUAAAGAGGAAGAAGAAAUACAAGAGCACAAGUGUAGAUCUGGGUUCGUACUUGGCUCUCUAACUUGACUGCAUUUUAUGAAAGCGGGGCAGAGGCUAUGCUUUUGAAAGAAAUGAAAGGCUUCUUUCUUGGUGUCUUGAGAGGAGAUUCAAUGAGUACAAAACUUGGUGCAACUGAUUAGGAGCAAGGUACAGCAGAAAUAUGACUUCCUCAAACUGUACUAUGGAUAAGGAGAAGGUACUUGAGCUCCACAUCUGAGCACUCCACCAACACCCAGCAAGGUCAAGCCAUUAGCAUUGUAUGCCCUUGACUCUUCCUGGAAACAAGUGAAUGCAGGAUCACAACCCUUCUGUAAGAGACGCAGCCUUCCAAAGCCUACUUGAAAUGUUCUGUAUAAUGUCUGUCUGGAAUACGUCCUUGAAGUCUAAAAAUGCCUCGUUUCCCUGAUGGAAGACAGCGUGCGUUGUCUGAGAAUGUGUGGAACUAGCCUGCUAGGUGACAUUUACAUUGGUUGCCCUGCCCACUUUUGUCUCUUUCCUCGCCCACCACUGCCAUGCAGCUCUCAGGUGUUUCAGGUAGGACUGUUACAACUUUAGCACUCGAUUGCAGCCAACAGACUUGCUUGGUUCUGGGGGGUAGGUGUCGUGCCCAUGAAGGUUUUCCCAGAUUGCAAAUCUGCCCAUGUCUUAUGUGACAUCAAGACAUAUACCUCUGAAUCCAUUUGUGUGUGUGUGUGUGUGUGUGUGUGUGUGUGUGCAAAUGUCUGUAGCCCAGGUCAUCCUAUUACCUUCAAGAAAAUGGCAAAAGCAUCUUUAACUUUGGUUUAGUUUUCCUAGUUGGCAGUGAGGGAAGGAGAGAGAUUUCCAGCAAAUCAAAAUAGCUUCAGCCAUGACCACACCCUUUGUUGUGAGGGGGAAGAAUCACCAUCGGAUAAGGGCUGUUUGGGAGGGGCAUGUUUUAAUUGACUAAAAACAUUUGCAUCAGGAUGGAUCUGUAUUUUUAUGCAAACUGACCAGCCUAACAUAUGGAUCUCCAAAUUGUGUAAUGAAAUCUGUGGCUAAAAAAAAAAAUGUACUAAGGUAUGCGAAAGGAAAAUGUAAUUUAGGGUAAGAGGCUUAGGAACGUGUACAUUGCAAUACAAAUGUGUAUUUAAAUGGGGUUUACAAUGCUCUAAAACAGGUGUUUCAAACAUUUCAAAAUACGCGUUUAAAUAUGAAAGGGAUACAUUUUCGUAUGUGGUAUUUGAAAAGAAGAAAUUCAUGGGUUAAUGUGGACACAGAGCAGAAUGAACACAUGUGAUACAGCAAAAGACUGAUCUGUCUGCCCCUAAGCUUGCAUGGGCUUUUCUUUUAAAUCAAAAACGGGAGAAUGUGGACUCAUAGUUCCAGCCGGACACACCCUAUUCCCCCCCCCCCUUCAAGACCUCUUUAUUACUCUUGGGAGUCCUCUGUGGUGAGCACAUGGGCUGGCUGGACUGACACACCCCGGGAUAAAAGAGAGCAGAGUGCAGGCACAUUUUUUCCAUCUUACAGAGUCAGGUCAGAGUCUGAGAAGUGCUAAAAGGCAAAAUGCUGGCAUCCAAUGUCCAUGGGUGUGAUGUGUCAGGGCUGUGGUCUUUCUAAGGAGAAGGGGCAGGAACCUAUAGGAAGGGAGAUGAAGUGGCAGCGAGGGGAAAGGAGACCAAAGAGCAAAGAACUGGAGGACCCUAGCCAGGAACACAGAGUGUCCCAGGAGUGGAAGAAGCUUAACUGGCUACUUUUGCAGUUACAGUACAUCCGCUCUGAAACUAGUUAUAUCUGUUGCAGGCACAUAUUGAGGGUUACUUUGUGUGCAUUAGCUACCUCUCUGGGCAUUCUCCAGCAACCUCUUGUACUCGUAAAUCACCUCUUGCAAUUUCAUUCCCACCCGUCCCAUCUUUACAAUAUAUCUUUUCAAUCAAAAUGGGGAUUUUAAAACUUGAGUUGGAAAUGGAACCAGAAGGUGGCAAUCCUCCUGGAUGCUUUAGGAUAAUAGGAAACGGACUUAUACAGAGUCAGACCAUUGGUCCUACUAGCGCAAUAUUGUCUACACCAGUGUUUCCCAAACUUGGGUCUCCGGCUGUUUUUGGACUACAAGUCCCAUCAUCCCUGACCACUGGUCUUGCUAGCUAGGGAUGAUGGGAGUUGUAGUCCAAAAACAGCCAGUGACCCAAGUUUGGGAAACACUGGUUUACACGGACUUGCAGAAGCUUUUCCUAGAUCUUGGUCAAGAAACGUUUUGUAAGCAAGGACUGCCUGAAACCCCGGAGAGCUGCUGCCAGUCUGUGUAGAUAAUUCAGAGCUAGAGGAACCAGUGGUCUGACUCAGUAUAAGGCAGCUUUCUAUGGUUUCCAGCCCUACCUGGAGAUGCCAGGAACCUGAGACCUUUUGCCUUGAAAUCACGUGCCCUGAGCCUGGCUUUCAAAAUUACAGAGCUGUGAUCUUCUGCCUGUGUUGCUGAACCAAACACCCCAGGGGAAAGUCAAGCUAGGGCAUCUCUCUAUGGACAAGUCAAGCUAGGGCAUUUCUCAGGCCACUGCUGAGAUUUGCAAACAGCAGCCAGAGGAUUUCCAACUUUGCAACUGGCAUUUUCAACUGUGCCUUUGACAGCUGCUGGAUGUUCAGCAAUUAUCAGGUUUUCAUGGCAUGAGGAGAAAUAUUGUCACCUGCUAAUUACUGCAUAUCAAGGCACUUUUAAAGCAGGCUUGGUUGCAGGCAGCAUCAAUAAAUUCAAUGCAAGACAUUAUUAUUAUUAUUAUUAUUAUUAUUAUUAUUAUUAUUAUUAUUCUCAGCUUUAUUUUUAUUUCAGGCUGUUGACUGUGUUGGGCAUAAAUAUUGGUAUACAUUUAAAAAAAGACAGACUAGUAACUGUUUUUGAGGACUAGUAGCUUUGCAAGGCUAUCUGAAAGGUAAAACUGCAGGAGUCUGGUUUAGAAAUUGGCAACCCUAAGCAGAAGCCAGGUGGCAGUUUUGAUGAAUCAGGAGAAUAGUUUAUUGCAGUCUUUGGAAAUCUGCUCAUAUGUUAUGACUUUUUUUUCAUGAAUCUUUUCCUGGUCUGCCUGAGAAAAAUGAAUCAAAUCUGUUAUGAAAACAUACAUGUUUUUGUUGCUCUGCCCCGGUCAAGUCAGAGGUGGAGUGUGUGCCUGUAUUUGCAUGCUUCAAUCAGGCCAGUAGCCAAAAACCACAUACCGUAUUUUUUGCUCUAUAAGACUCACUUUUUCUCUCCUAAAAAGUAAGGGGAAGUGUGUGUGCGUCUUAUGGAGUGAAUGCAGGCUGCGCAGCUAUCCCAGAAGCCAGAACAGAAAGAGGGAUUGCUGCUUUCAUUGCGCAGCGAUCCCUCUUGCUGUUCUGACUUCUGGGAUUCAGAAUAAUUUUUUUUUCUUAUUUUCCUCCUCCAAAAACUAGGUGUGUCUUAGUGUCUGGUGCAUCUUAUAGAGCGAAAAAUACGGUGAUCUGUUUCCCAUGAGCCUUCCUAAAACUACCAGAGAUUGACUGCAUUUCUCAAUUAUGACUUGAACCCACCAUGUUUUUUCCUUCUUACGAUUCUAAUUCAUGCCACCAGGGAUAGCUCAGUCAGAGUCGUGGGUUUGAGCCCCACGUUGGGCAAAAUAUUCCUGCAUUGUAGCGGGUUGGACUCGAUGACCCUUGUGGUCCCUUCCAACGCUACCAUUCAAGGAAUCGAUCUCUGCCCCAUCUAUGAUUCUACAGUUCUAUGAUUUGCAUAACAGCUUUCAUUUUAAAGAAAUUCCUGGGCAGUUUGCAGAACAAUGAAAAACAUCAAUAUAUAAUGCAAUUACAAUUUUAAAAGCCGCUGUCAAUUAAGUAGCAUUGCUAUCAAUUAUAUAAGCCAGAAAUGCCACGGACUGGUUUUUAACAGUGGGGGAAAGCUCAGGCAAAGAGAUAUGUUUUGAUUUGUUGGCUGAAGCAACCCACGGUCAGUGCCCACCUGAUCUAGAGACAGACAUUCUGCAACUUUUUUCCUCCUUUCCCUUUCUUUUUUUCUUGCCAGAACCCCAAAUCAAUGAGAUCCAACCAGAUCAGUCAAACCUAUAAAGGGUUUUGUUCUCUGGGCUGGAGGUGCUUCAACUUGCCUUUUUCAUGAAGGGAUGUAUGGAUAUGUCACCAAAGGAGCAUAGGCCUCUCAUGCUUCCUUGCAAAGUGUGGGCUCAAGCGCAGCAUCUAUGAGGUGCAGCCCUAUCCUGAACAUUUGGCCUAGGCCAGUCUGUAGGGGCCCAUUGCCCUUCAGCACCCGGUCCCUGUCCCAACGCAAACACAUUUCACAGUUUCUCUGUCAACGCACUGUGAAAGUUUCAAGAGCUCUUGAAGCUUUCUAAGCAUGCAAUUGACUAUUUAAACAAAAACAAAAAAACCCGAACCUGCAACACAGAGCCUUUGUUAAUGCCUUGUGAGUGGCACAUAAAUGCAACUGGCACAUAAAGGUGUUAGUGUGGGGGAGACACUUCAUGCUUUUAAAGUGGGUUGUCUUUAAAGUGGGGAAAGACCUCUGGGUGGCAUCCAUUCAUUGCUGCUGCUCCCGCCCCGCCUGCUCUGUGCUUCUGUUGCCCUUCUCUCUUUCCCGGCACAACUGGAGCCAUGGCAGGGCGGGUGCAAAGAGGGAGGGAGGGAGGGGGAGGGAGAGAGAGAGAGAGAGAGAGAGAGAGAUACAGUAUCUUCCGCCAGCGGUUGCUCUUGGCUGCCUUCCAGGCCUCAGGCAGCUGCCUCUGCCCCUCCCUGCUGCCAAGAAAGCUUUGGAGUUUCUGCCGAGAGCCUCUCACACGGCUUAGUACUCUAGGGCUACCACCCCCAGCAAAAGCGAUUUCCCAGCCCUUGCCUCUGCAGCGGAGAUUCAGCCACUCUCCAAAUGAAUCACAGCCCCCGAGCUGGGAAAGCGAGAGACGUAGCUCAUGUUUUCCACUCCUCUCCCUGCCACAUGCGAGAGCAAAGCUCUCCCUCCAGUCUGCUGUUCAGAGACGGCGUGGCCCAGUCCUGUUAGGCAGGGCUUGCUCAAUGGGGAUUUCCACUCCUCCCCUUGGGAGGUUGUUGCAUUGCUUUAUGGGGUUUCCCUUCGAGGAAACCUCUCCCCAGAACCAGCUGACACAUGUUCGGUUUGGCUAAGUCCCUCCACCCGUUUGCCCUGUGUGUUUGCAUACACCGGGGCAGCUAGCACCCACCCCACCCCGAAAGCUAUUGCAUGUUGUGUACACAGAGGGCCUAUUCAGAAAUCAAAAAGCCCUUAAGGGUGUACAAACAGACUCCCUCCCAGGGGAUCUUCUUGUUGAAAGACUCAACUGGCCAGGUCAGCUUGAAGGGUCAAGUGUAAUGGGACUGGAACUCUUUGAUUUAUGUAGCCAGUAGCAGCAGCAGCAGCAGCAUCACAAACAUGCAUUUAUUUAUUUUUUAAGCAUUUUAAAAUGGGGCGCAGCCUCAUGGCUCCAAGCAGCAGCUUUACAAAGAUCUCAGCAACAGCCUAGUCAAACAGAGCUGCGAGGAGCUCUGUGAUCAUGCAGCGUAGUUCCUUUCCCACUUUCUGCCAGAAUUUUUUUCAGAUUAGCAGUGGGUUACAUGGGCUGCUGAGAUCCCAGCCCAGGGAACCCUCAAACUCCACAGCAUUCUGAAUAGAGAUGAGCAAUAUUGGCUUCCCUCCGUUUCUCAGUUUUCCAACCUUAGGUUCAAUUCUUCACAUUUCCACAUCCGUUUGCAAAUGACGAUCACUGCGCCCCAACAAAUGAGUCAGUGGAUGAUGAGAUCCUCAUUCUGAUUGAGGGUAACAAUAACACUCAUUUCCUUCCUGCUUGAUGGCUGUGACUAUUCAGGGUUUCCCAGACUUGGGUCUCUAGCUGUUUUUUGGGACUACAACUCCCAUCAUCCCUGACCACUGGUCCUGGUAGCAAAGGAUGAUGGGAGUUGAGGCCCCAAAACAGCUGGAGACCCACAUUUGGGAAGCCUUGGACUAUGCUUUCCUGCCACACAAAGUUGCAUUCUAGCAGGAUGCAGACUUAUAGGUCCAGCUAGCUGAUUUGCCCACCAUUCCCAUGCUGACUAAGAGUCAUGGGAGUUGUAGUCCAAAGUAUCUAGAGCACACCAGGUUGGAGAAGGCUGGUCUUCUGUGAGCAGAAGUGGCUCUUGGGUACCUGAGGCAAAUAGACAUCUUUCCCAUCAUCUUUGAACUGGAGAUGCCAGGGCUUGAACUUGGGACAUUCUGCACUAGCUCAGUUGGUUAGAUCAUGGUGCUGAUAAUGCCAAGGUUGCUGGUUCGAUCCUUGUAUGGGACACCUGCAUAUUCCUGCAUUGUAGCGGGUUGGACUAGAUGAUCCUCAGGGUCCCUUCCAACUCUACAAAUCUAUGAUUCUAUGCAUGCAAAGCAGGUAUUCUUCUUCUGGGUUACAACCCUCCCUCUUUAUUUCUCACACCAGCAAUGGUAACGUGCUUUCGCCUGGAACAAAGCAGCAAAAGCAGGUCAGAAUCCCUCUGCUCGUGCGCUGAGUUACUGAAGCCCCUGCUCACAAUGCCCUUUCCCCAAGACAUGAGGAGAAAAUGACAGAAGUGACACUCACCUCUUUCCUUCCUCCUGUUAGCAGAUGGUUGGCGGUGUGAGCUUAAAUGACCCAAGAACCCUUGAUGCAAUUGUGCUGAUUGCGAGAUGAAUGAGAUGCUUUAUUGAGGGAGGCACUCGGUACUUGGCAUGUCACAAAUCUCACCAUGUAUUGUCCUCUCGCUUUUGAUUCAUCAUUUUAAUUUCAAAAUGUCCCAGCGCUUGAUUUAAGCCACUAUUACCUCUAUUACUCACCCUGUGAAUCGGAGCUAACUUUCAAACUAGUGCAUCUUCCAAAUUUUGGGUGGGGUGGGAUGAAGCCCAUUGCCAGAGGAGGAAAGCUACUCCCAAACCCUUCUUCUGGGAUGUGGGCCUCUCUUGCCCCUAUUCUCCUUCUAGGUUGCACAUUACAGACACCUAGAGGCCUUGAGCUAAGUCAACCCCCCAACCAGACCUCCUCUCUCCCUCCCCCUUCUCUUUUCUCUGUGCCCCUCCACAAGCAUCCACUCAAUGGAUGGUCUGCCCCUCCUAGUCUCUGGAAGCCUCCCAACUGUCCCUGUUUCAUGGAAAGGAUUUGAUCACACUCUAGAAAUGUAGGUUUGCAUUGUUAAAGCGGAUUCAAGCACUCCGUCACAACAGACAGGAAAGUGAUGAUGGAAAAACGCACUGAAAAAUGUGGGAAGGAGGAAAUGAGUAACGGAGAGGCAUAUAUAAGCACUCUGCAAGCAAAUCAGGAUGAACGAUCCUUGUCAUAAUGGCCACACAAACAAAUCAGAACAAAUGUUUGAAUAAAGAUUAAAUGUAACCACUGUGCAAACAAAUGAGGAUGAAAGGUCAUCUCUUCCAGCCAAUCUUUUUCUCUUCUAUCUCUUUCUGUCACUCCUUUUCUUCCAUUUUUCUUCUGCCCACCCCUUUUCCCUCUCCUCUCUCCUGCUUCUUUCUCUCUUUCUGUGUGUAUUAUGGGAGGGGUGGGUGUCCUGUUGCCUGAGAUGGAGGAAGGAGACUGCAUGGCUGGUUACUAUACAGGUGAGAUGUGGGAAGUGGUGACUGAGAAACCACUUUGCAGCACAGGAGCCAUGCCAGGUUUGGGAGAACUGUGCCUCCACAUCCACCCUCUGCCCACAGAUCCUUGAGCAUGCUGCACGCCCUCACAAUGCAACAAAUUCUUCCAUACUCCACCAUUUGCAUUGGUUGUAAAGGCAGCAGGCUAACAGGGGAAACCUUCUGUUUGGGCAACAUCUUUGCUUCCCUACUAGGGACUCUGACAAAGGGAUUUGAAAACUUGCUUUGCACCACCGUGGCUUUGUCCUCUCCCACCCUUUGUAUCAUCACAAGCUGGGGGGAAAGGUCUGAACCACCUGGUGAGCUGAUUGUCAUUCACUUCAGUUGGGAUGACCCAGUAUAAUAAAUUUGAGAAUCCUGUUCUAAGAGGAAUUCAGCACAACCCAAGCAACUUGCACCCUGAAGGCUCCAUGUCCAAGAACAUUCAUAGCUCUGCAAGACUUCCCCUGGCCUUUCCCUACCCCACUCAAAGUUCCUUGCAUAUUUCAUCACACACCGUCAAAAGCCUUUUCACCGCUUUGAACCAUCGCAUCAACUGCACUCUCACUCUCCCUUGUGCCUGUCCCUGGGUAGUUGAUGAUCCAACCAGUAAACAAUUGAAGAAGGUCCCUCCACCCUCCCAUGUCGUCUCCCUUCACCACAGCGCUAUUGAUGUGGCAGCUGCGGCGGCAGCAACUGCAUCCUGUAUGAGGGGAAAGAGCACGUGCAGAAAAUCCCAGGCUCAGUCCCUUGCAUCUCUAGUUAAAAGGCAGAGAUGGGGAACCCAUAGCCCUACAGAUCUUGUUGGACUACAGUCUCCAUCAGCCCCAGCCAGCAUGGUCAAUGGUCAGGAAAGAUGGGAGUUGCAGUCCACCUACAUCUGGGGAGUUGCAGGUGUUGGAAGUUGUGGGAAUGCAACUCAGCUUGCAUUAAGAGUGAUCAGAUUUGCAUGGAGAGAUGGUAGAUAAAGAGAAGUACCUCCAAACUUCCUAGACUGUCUUUCUAACCCAACUUGUACUUACAUUUCCUAUAUUUCUCUACUGCUACUCUUGAAGUUGCUUGAUGGUGGGAGUUGUAGUCCACGCACACCUGGAGAGUCACAGGCUCCACAUUUCUGAAUGAGGCGGUUUUAAGUACAUAAAAACAUCCCUGUUGGAUCAGGCCAGUGGACCAUCUAUCCCAGCAUCCUGUUCUCACAGUGGCCAACCAGAUGCUUAUAGGAAGAUCCUGCAAACAGGACCUGAGUCCAAGAGCACUCUCCUCCAGCCAUUUCCAGCAACUGGUAUUCAAUGUCAUUCUGCCUCUGACAAUAGAGGUAGAAGAUAGGAAAGAGUCCUGAAUGAGACCUCAGAGAGCUGCUGCCUGUCAGAGUGGGCAGCACUGGGUCAGAUCAACAAAAAGUCCGCCUUGGUAUAAGGCAGCUUUGUACCUUUCCCAUGAGUGAGGUUUAAGGACAUGAGUUUGGUCAACCACCGUAGGAAUCUGCAUUCCUCUCUGGCAGCCCUUCAUCUGAUAGAGGAUCUAAAUGCAAGCGUUCUCCUCUGACCCUUGACUGCAAUCUUCUAGCCUGACAUCCUGCAUAACAUGAAUGAGUUCAUUGUCCCAAGUGAUAUUGUGACAGGGGGGGCCUCACCUUUUCUGCAUUCCAGGCCGGAGCUACAGACGCUGAUCUUCUCGCUUGACAGAACAGCAGGAGUCAGGGUGACUUCUUGUUUGCUCAGAGGCAUGCAAAGUGUUUGUUUCUUGCAGCAGGGUGAGGCCACAAUAAAAUAUCACAGGCAUGUGUGGUGCGUUGUGUGCAUAUUUCCUCCCACCUCACUGCAGGUGCAGUUGCUCUUUAGCAAGCAUUUACUAGAUUGAAAUCUGGCCCUGACAUUUCCAGGGCUUCUCCCCUCCUUCACACCAUCCCAACACAAACGAAAUGCCCAAAAUCUGUCUUUCAGUUAGCACUGUCCUGCUUACGUGUGUGUCAUGCCACUUUAAAAAGUGAUGGCUUCUCCCAAAGAAUUCUGGGAACUGUAGUUUGUUAAAGGUGCUGAGAGUUGUUAGAAGGCAGCAGACAGAGGCAGCCUUCAACUCAGAGAAAACUCAUUACACUCUCUCUGAUUCAUCCUCUAUCAGGAUUACCUGAGCAUGGUAAAGCAGCAAUCAGUCAAGACAUCAAAACCCUAGAAUUCCCAGGCAAAAACAGAAAAGAAGCACUUUGGUGUGGUAAGCUGUUUAUUAGGAAACAACCAACUAUAAGCAAACAAACACAAAUUGGGUGUGGGUGUGUGAAUAAUUUAAAUGUAGGUGUCGAAGAACAGCAGAUCUAUCCAUUAAGCAAAUCAGGAAAUUUCUUGCCAAGAAGAAACCACUUUGGCAUGUGGAACAUCGCUAUACUUUCUAGAUAAGAAGUGGUGCUGGAUAUCCAACAAAUAGCAGCAAACCAUGAAAUUGCCUGAGACGAGGGGUGCUCAUGGAGUCUUAUGGGGGCUUAAUACUGUAAACGGGUCAUUCAGAUAUUGCAAAAGAGUUGUUGGCAAUAAGUGACUUUUUAAAAACUUUUCCAAUUUCUCGUUCAAAAGGUAAAUCUGGGUUAAAUGAGGAGGAAAUGCAGACGACAACAAUGUUGCAUGGAUGCUUCCAAAAGCACACAUGCAUGUGGCACAUUGAUCCCAUUGAAAAACAGCCCUCUGGAAGCACCCAAGGACCCUGUGUGAGGUCAGAGGGACGCUCUUAGCUAUGGCUGACUGAUUGACAAUACAAGGAUGCCCCUGUAGUGAGACUUUAUGGUGAGGAAGAUUCUCUCACAGUCGCCACAAGUCCACCUCUUAUUGCAAAGCCUUGCAUGGAAUGCAGAGGUUUUUGUCUGGAAGGCUUCCUCACAGAGAGAAGAAAAGUGAAGUGGAAAGCUAAAGGCAAAGUGGAAGCAAGGAUGAGGCCCUAGAGGGGUAAGAGGCAGCAGGAAAGGGCGAGGCUUGUGCACACCAGGAAAUGUUUCAUCUUGGACAGCUUUAAGAGGGGGGUUGACAAAUGCAUGGAGGAUUAGGCUACCAGUGGCUGCUAAUCCUGGGGGCUGUGUUCUCCUGGGUCAGAAGCAGUAUCUUUGAAUACCAAUUGCUGGGAAUCACAAGCAGGAGAGUGCUGCCGUUCUCCUGUCUUGCUCAAAGGCUUCCCAUAGGAAUCUGGCUGUCCACUGUGAGGCGCAGAAUGCUGGAUUAGCUGUGCCUUUGGUCAGAUUCAGCAGGACCUUCCUUGUGAUCACGGAAGGAAUGCUUUGAGACAGAAUAGAAAGGAGAAGAAACGCCUCCCUGCCCGGACCUGUGUGCAACUCAUUUGGUUAAUUCUGAGCAUUUGUGCUGGCUAUUUGUUGAUCCUGGUGCGGGAUAAGUGGUAAGGAGCUAGUAAAGUUUGACAGGCCCGGUAAAAAUGAAGGGAAACAGUACCAUUUUGUUCCAAGAAAGACCCAAUAAUUUUAAAAAGCUGCUGUCUCUCUUGCACACAAGACUGCAAUUAGAUGGAGAGGAGGGAGAGGGGAAGGUAGAAUAAAUGAGUAACACAUGUGACUCUGCAGAGGCCUGUGGUUAAGACGUCCGUGGAAUGCAUCAUUACAUGGAAGCUGUGCUAUUAUAUUGUCUCCACUCCCCCCUUUCUAAUCUCCCACUGCAUUUCUUCCUGAUAACUGGCUGCUGGACCAUGCCCCUGGAUGAAUCCAGUAAACCCUGAGAACUCUGCACUGACGUAGGCUGCAGUUUUAUACACACUUACCAAGAAAUAAGUCCCAUUGGAAUCAUGGGACUGCUUCCUUCAGAGUAGAAAUGCAUCAGAUUGCACAGCUGGCAGACAACCUUGCUUGGAUCUCACCCAUGAGUUAGACCAGGAGGUGGGCAGAUCAGCAUCUACUGUCAGAUCACCGAGUGAUUUGCAGAAGGAAGCUGCCUUUAUAGCAAGCAAGGCUAUGGGUCCAUCUACUUCAGUUUUGUUUACAGAGUCACUAACAGGUUGUGAAGGGACUUGGUAUGGAAGCAUCACGAGUGUCCUAAUGGUGGCACUUGGACAAUAUACUCUGAGGUGCUGAGAGAUCUUCACAACUAGAGUGGGCAAGCAGGUUCCAAUGAAAUAGAAGAUACUGAUAGCCUUUUCUUAGAUUGAGCAUGUCUGUCUGGAGCUUCUUUUGGGAAUCCGGUUGGCCACUGUGCUAACAGAAUGGUCGGCUAAAUAGACCUCUGGGCUGAUUCAGCUGGGCUGUUCCUAUGUUCUUAGGACACUAAUGCAUUGCAUGCAGAAAUUGCUCCUGAUAGGGGGUGGCUUGAGCCCCAGUGGCAGUGAUCCCACAAAGGGUACCCAAGGGCCCUGGACAUAAUAGGAAUUAAUAUGGCAACCCUCUGCCUGUUGACGUGAUGUCCUACAUCAGUGUUGCCACUUUGAGUGAUGCAGGAGAAAAAACCAGUAUGACCUACUUCUUUGGGAUGAGGUGGAGGGAAUAUUUAGGGCUAAAGAAUUAGCUCAGGUAUAAGAGGCACAAGGAGAACCAAAGCAGGUAAAAAGGAAUUCUGAGAAGGGCUAUCAAUGAUUUCUCAAGAAAAGCUCAGCAGCUGCUUCUAUUUCUCAGCAACGAUGAGUGACUAAGAAGACAUUAAAGGUUUUUUCCCCAAACAAAAAUAGUCGGCCCCACUGAGAAAUCCCUCGGUUAAUCAGAGCUGGUUGCACAGACAGGAAAGAAUGGGAAAAUGAACCAACUUAAUUGCAAAUAAAUGGUGGCUUUCUUCAGAAAUGUACUGAGGCAAGGUCACUGUAUUAGAAAGGAUUGGGUGGGUCCCAUGUUUCAAAGCAUGACUUGUUCUUCUGCAGGAACCACUACAGUAAUCUCAUUGAUCCCUCCCAACAACAAGCCUUCCUAAAUGCCAUUGCGUGUGGCCUGAAAACCGUCUAGCACACAGCUGAUGGGGAUGCCAGCCACAACCCUGGCAGCUUAGGGCCAGCUUAUGCAAGCAACAGAAUCAAGUGGCUAUGCUUCUCCUGGACUGUACCAAUUCACUGUGCAAAAGGGAGAAUUGGACUUGGUGUCCAAAAUGCAGUUACUGUAUAAACAGGCACUUGGUUAUACAAUUCGAGAAAAGCUAGCAGUCAAAAAUGGAAGUUGUUACUAGGUGAAGGCACGAGACUUGUCAAUGAAUCAGCUCGUUCAUUAGGAAGGAAAACCCUAAUCUAACACAUCCCUCCCCCCGCAUCUCUCAAUGUCAGAUCAUGGCAGUGUUCAUGUUUCCUAUGACUCACUGCUGCUGCCAUUAUCAGAGACCAUUUUACUGAAAUCCUCCAGGAAAGCGGCACAGCAUGACUGUGCUCUUGCAAAGUUCCUGCUAUAUUCAAUGAUGCUUUGCACAGGAGAAAUCCCAUGCCCUUGCUGCAUGUCACUGCAGUCUCUGACUGACAUAUAUCAUUUUACUCACAGCAUAGCUACAGAAUAGCAAACUCUUAUUAUUUCCAUUUUACAGACAGAGGACUGAGAUACCAGAAGAUUGUAUGGUCUUAGGUUUUUCAAGAAACUGUUUAGCAGGCCCACUAUCAGACAUAUCCAGUCCCUUGUUAUACCACAAUCUACUGAAUCCCACAUCACCUCUUGGAACUGGUAUUUGGAGGCAUUCAGCAGCCCAGCUCAACCUCCCCCUGAAGUCUCAGGUUUGCCAUUUGGGUGCUUGGCUGGAUUUAGUCCUGGAUGUCCAGAUUCAGCAGUGGCGAGGAGACUUUUGCAGAGAUAUGGCCAGACUAUUGACCAGAGCAUGUGAUAGGGAGCAUGUGAUGACUCGCAUGUGAUUCCCAUAAUGAUUCUGAGGGUGAGCUAUGACCAAUAAAGCAAUCCAUAAGACUUAGGAUCGAGUUACUUGAAAUGCAAUUUUCUUCCAUAUAAGCCUGAUCAGGUUUUAAGAUUUUCAGAAGAGGUCUUUCUUUCUGUCCCACCAACAUCUGAAAUAUGUUCAGGAGCAGUUCAAGAGAGGGCCUUCUUGGUUACUGCUCCCAGGUUCUGUGACGUCAUGCCAAGGGAGGCCCAUAUCAUUCCUUCUCUGAUGACCUUCUGUCAGCAGGCAAAAAUGUUUUUAUUCAUAACAGCCUUUGAACUCAUAGGUUUUUAUGGCCAUUGUAAAUAUGUUGCAAUUGAACUUGUUUUUUUUAUCAGUUUUGCUUUAAAUGAUGUGCUUUACCUACCUUUUAUGAAUGUUUUUCAUUUGUUAUCAUGCAUUUUGAAGUGCAUCUUGUUUCUGUGAGCUGUUUGGAGCACCAUUUGGUGGGAAAGGCAAGACACAAAUCUGAAACAGACAAAUAAACAACACAUAGCCAAAUUGUAGAGCAAACUGCAUGAAACAUGGGAGGCCCAUAACUGGAUGUCCUGAUGUACUACAAAGAUAGGCCACUCCCUUGAAUUAAUUGGUUGCAGAAGAGAAAACAUGCAGGCACAAUAUGGGUGCCUGUAUACUUUCCUCUCCAUGGCUGAUAGCAAGUAGCGAUGUUGGGUGAUGAUGAGAUUGUGUUAGGGCCAGGAUAACCCCUGAUCCAAACUGCCCCUUCUCUUGUAUGCAUUUAGAAUAAGAAAAUUAUGUUGGGAGAUCCAAUCUUGGCAUCUCCACAUAACAUCUAGACACGUGAUGUGCUUAAGGAUGUUUUGAGGGAUGUGGCAAGCAAAAUUCCCUUCUUGACUCUGGCAUUUACCCUUUUGCUUGGAGCACAAAGCUGAGAUAUGAAGUUCCAGGAGAUCAUGGUGGAGCAGGAUCUUGUGGUGAGAAUAAAAUGGGGGGAGAACACCAUGUAGCCACCCUGAGCUCCUUAGAAGGAGGGUGGGGUAACAUGUAAUUUCAAAAGUGUAUCUUUUCUUUUUAAAAUUCUCAUACCUAUAAACUUUCUUUGAAGCUGUAAACGCAUUCAAUCUAAUUUUCUACACAUCCCUCAUUUCUCCACAAACCGGCUUUUAAUUUCCUGAAAAACGAGUUGCAGUACUUACAGUGCCUCAAAAGCAUUUCAGGGUAAUUAAAAAGAGGAUUUGCUCGCAUUUGCAGAACCAAGGUGUUGAUUUUGUCACUGCCAUGGGUUUAAGACAAGUGCCUUUCAUUUCUUGAAGAUACACAGUGAUUUUUUAAAAAACAAUGUUCUUUUGAUUCAGCACCGGGUUUCAUAUGCUGCUGUCUGUCUGUUUUCUCCCCAGUAGACUUCUCUGCAUUGGAGAGACCCUUGCUGUGAGGAGCCAAGAUGUUGGUACUACUGGCUGGUAUUUUUGUGGUCCACAUUGCCACGGUCAUCAUGCUCUUUGUCUCCACCAUUGCCAAUGUAAGUAGCAAGCAAGACUUCCCCAAUGGCCGUUCCUUGGGCAACAUGGACAGGGCCUUUUGAUCUCCUCCAGUCUGACACAGAAUAAGGGAAUAAAAGCAUCAAGGACUCUCACGCUGAAGGUGCUGGUCAUUCUUUGGAGGCACACCCCAGAGGAUAGGCCUGGAAUCUAUGGGGCAGAAGCAGAUUUCAGCUAAACGUUAGGAGAAUCUUCCUAACAGCAGAUGCUGUUUGACAACAGACCCACAGCAGGUGGGGUAGGCAAGGCCCUUCUUUCACUGUAUUGCAGAUCAUACACGGAACCGGACUAAAAGGUUGCAGGUUUGAUCCCCGCUAGGAGCAGCUCCAUAUUCCUGCAUUGCAGGGGGUUGGACUAGAACUAGAUGAUUCUUAGAGUCUGUUCCAACUCAAAGAUUCUAUGCUUCUAUCUCCUUAGUCCCAUCCAAGUCAACAAUCUAUGAUAAGGGCUAAUUCGGUGAGGCUAACAAUAGGCUUUUGUGCUGAUAUAGCUCCAGAAGACAAAUCACUUCCAGAAAAAAUGUCAGAAAAUUUCCUUGAAUUUUAUAUGGCUUAAGGUGCCUCUAUUUGCAUAACUGGCCCUUGAAACCUAUUGCAACAAGUCACACCCUGAGAAAUGGAGGGACAUUAUCUAUUUGUCAACUGAAACAAACCAGCAAUUCAAGGCUGCCUAAAGGCAUGAAAUGGUGGUGUUUUCACACUCCUGUCCUGAAGUGAGAAACACCUGGGCACACCCCACUCAAAAACCAGUUGAGUGAGUGGAAUUAGCACAUAAUCGCUUUGAGGUGUUUUACCAUCCCACCUGCCAGACAGUCUGCUAUAUAAUUAUACAGUAUUUCCAUACUUGUCUGUUUCUGGAAUUAGAAAAUAUUCUCAUGAAGUGUUUGGGCAAAGCCAAGUACAAGAGGAAGUUAGAGGGUAUUAUUCAAUGCUGUGAUUUGUAAUAGAAAUCUAGACUGAUCCCCACUUGCCCAAACCAGAAUGCUAUAACCCACUCUCAACAAAAUUGCAGGGUCUCUCUGAUUUUUCAACUGCAUAUUGAGAGAGGCAGCAUAAAAUGAAACAGUUUAUGGUUUUUUUAAAAAUUUAAAAUAAUAAUAAUUAAAAAUCAAAACAAAUUAAUAAAACAUAAAACAAGUGGAAAUAACAAAAAUAAACAAAUUUAUCUAUUAAAAUUUAAUCCACCUUAGAUAGAUAGCUAUAUAUGCUGCAAUGUGUGUCAACAUUUGUGAUUUCCAUCAUAUGAAUGUGGGUGCAGACAAACCCAGAUGCAUUUUGUGGGUGUCCAAAAACACUUCAGUUCUCAGGCCCUGGAUGUUGAUUUGGUUUCACAGUGAGCAGAUUUUGGACAUUGCCCUAUAGCACUUACUCAGUGGCUUUCCUCACAUGCAAUGCUAGAUCAAACUGGCUUACCGUGAAAGUGGGCUGUUGCACAGUAAAUGAAGCAAGGCUUAGCUCUUCCCUUGCUCCUGGAGCUGCCAGACUACUAAGAGUUAAGCUAUGGUUUGCAUUACUUGUGAACCUGAGCUCCUGGUUAGUUAGUUUCACUCCCAAGCAAACCACAAGCUCUAACCAAUAUUUGUUCUCUGCUUAGAAUGAUUGUUUCAUUAUGGUACUGCUCCCUAGUGGACACAAGUAGAUAUGGGGAACAUGGAUACCUCUUGGCACAGCAUGCUCUCUUCAGGCAUUAAGCUUAUGGUUAUGGAGAACACAUAAGUCCCCCUUUCCCCUGGCAUUGACCUUUACAGAGGAAGCAAGAGAGGGAACCUUUGCAUGUAUAGACUUCCAUAAGAUUCGUAAGCCCAAUUGCUCAAGGAUCUAGAACAUGGGUAGACAAACUAAGGCCCGGGGCCCGGAUCCAGUCCAAUUGCCUUCUAAAUCCGGCCCACAGACGGUCCAGGAAUCAGUGUGCUUUCACAGGAGUAGAAUGUGUCCUUUUAUUUAAAAUGCAUCUCUGGGUUACUUGUGGGGCAUAGGAAUUCAUUAAAUCCCCCCCCAAAAAAAUAGUCUGGUCCCCCAAAAGGUCUGAGGGACAAUGGACCAGCCUCCUGCUGAAAAAGUUUGCUGACCCCUGAUCUAGACUGUGAGGAGCCUACGGACAUGAAAGCUCCCUUCUUCCUUCCAAAUAUUUGAGCUGCAUGUGCUGAUGUUAAGGGGAGAAGCUGCAUCAUAAGGCUGUGCUCACAUACAGUGCAGGUUCCAGAAUAAGGAGUAUAGCAGCUGAAGAGAGCUACUCUCAUCUUCAACAAACUCUCAAAGUAGAACAGCUAAAUCCACAUCAAAUGUUAUCACAGAACAACCCCUUUCAAAAAACAAAACGCGUGCUAUUUAACUGAUUGGACUGAAUGAAGCAUUUUAGGUGCUUCAGUUCAUUAUUUAUCAGUCCUGCCUACAUCCAAGACAUACACAAAGUAAUAGAUGAUUAAUAGAAUAUCAGGAAUAUAUGUUUGGCUUGUUGCACUAAAUCCUGUUGAUCUGUGUGAUGAUUAUAAUAAAUAGGUAGGGAAUGGUUUAUGCCAACGUGUGUGCUCCUGCUAGCUGUAUCCAGCAACUGAUGCUUUCAGAUCAAAGACGGUGUUGUGCCAUGAAUGAGAAUUGUCUGCAAAUCCAGUAGAACAGAUUGUAAAAUAUAUUUGCAAGUCUAUUACCUGCAUACAUGCAGCUAUCCGAUACUUUAAAGAUGCUAACAGUCAAAGGUUUGGUUGACUCAGAUUUCCUUAGACACUCUGAAGUGUGAGCUAUAAUAAGCAAAUGCAACAUGAAAGGCCGAGCUUUUCAGGAAAGCAAGCAAUUGUGCCUCUUUGCAAAAACCCACAAUGACACAUGGAGAAUGGAGAGUUUCAAGCGCCGCAUGGUAGACAGGACUACAAAGCAUCUUGUUCAAAGCUGUGCCCUACCUCCUGCCCCAAAGGGAGGUCCUUCAGUCUACCCAUCCUCCCCAGAUCAACCUAAAUUUGCCACAGGCUGGAGUGACAUUAAAUGCGGAUAAUUUGUCUCUUUUUUUUCAAAUUUGGCAUUAAGUGGGCCAUUUUCCUUUUCUCAGGGAUGGAGGCAGAUUUUAGCAGAACUCUUGGGUGGGUGCCAUCCAGACCCAGUGAUUUGUUCAUCUGUCCAUGAGGUCUAGACCAGUCUUUCCCAACAUGGUGCCCUCCAGAUGUUUGGGCCUACAACUUCAAUCAGCCCCUCAAUCAAAGCAUUUUUGGGGCACCAGGUGACAUCAAUAGGGAAAGGGAGAGGGGUAGCCAAGGCUGCCCUUGGCUUCAAGCUGCUGGGAGCAAGCUGAUUUAUUGUGUUUCUAGUCAAGAAAUUAUUACUUGCACAGCUAAAGUUGGAACUGAUUAGAUAUUCCUAUACACUCUCUGAUGUUCUUUCUAACUUAUCAGCAUCAUUGCUUUACCAGCUAAUGUUUAAGGCUGCUUAAGCAGUUGCUCUGGAGAAACUGGUUUAAGUGCCUGGAAAGAAGAGUGUCUGCGUUGGACUUUAAUAAAGCAACUGCAUCCUCUUCCCUUCAAUUGCUGAACUAACACACUCUCACCUUCCUUGCCUUUUCAGCUGCCACAUAAGCACUUUGGCUUUUAAGAGGCACACCCCAAAGGCACAUUCGUGGUUAAGCAGACGGACUCUUAAGGAAUUUGAUUUUUGCAAAUUCCAAUGCAAUCAAUAUCUUCUGAACCGAAUGUAUGGACAGAAACAUAGAUAUUCAUUGGCUUUCACGCUACCCAAGUUGUUCCUCUUGGCUCAAUCCUGUUCCCCAAUCAAAAUAUGUUUUAAAAUGCAUGUUUGAAGGGGAAAUACAUUUAAAUGGGAUUUGUUUGUGCAGAUUUCCUUUUUUAAAAAACCAAAAAAAGAUUAAUGUGGAAACUAGACAGAACAGACUUGUGGGGGGGGAUGCAUAAGAAAGUGAAACAGACCAAGAACAAACUGAUUCUCUCAUGUCUAUCUGAGUGGCAGCAUCUUCAACAUGUGUGUGGUGGUAGAUGCUUAGGAUAAACCAGCAUGGGCUGGAAGUCAAGGUUUUGCCUGCAACUGCAUACCCUCCAACAUUUCUCCAAUGAAAAUAGGGACAUCCUAUGCCAUAAAGAUAAUUUUACUAUUUAUACCCCACACAUCUUACUGGCUUGCCCCAGCCACUCUGGCCAACUUCCAACAUAUAUAAAAACAUAAUAAAACAUUAAAUGUUAAAAAAACCUUCCCUAUACAGGAUUGCCCUCAGAUGGCUCAGGGUUCGGAUAACUCCAUACCCUCCAACAUUUCUCCAAUGAAAAUAGGGACAUCCUAAGGAAAAGCAGGACGUUCUGGGAUGAAAUCAGAAACCGGGACGGCUUCUCUAAAUCAGGGACAUCCCUGGAAAAUAGGGAAACUUGGAGGGUCCACUGCUGCCACCAUCCCUGCUGGGUAUGUGAGCAGGCCCUUACAGUCGAAGACCAACCUACGUUUUUGGACCAGUUUUAGUACCAAAACACUUCAUCUUCAUCAACUUGCUGCACAGAUCAAAAGAAGUGAGCCCAUAAAAUGAAUGGACAAACUAAGCCCUAUAUAUGUUGUGAUGUCCACCCCGCACCACUGGUCAAUAAAUAGCAGAUGUGCAUCAUCAAACAGGUUUUCCUUGGGGGUGAAAUUCCCAGUAACAUUUCUAUUGCCAUUGCAGACAAUUGUGAUUACUUCAAUCAAGUUACGAUACGGUUGAUAGUGUAUUGUUGGAAAAUUAGCUCCAGACAAUAGUAAUCUCCACUGUGGUCAAUCUAUGUCACACACUUUAGAUACCUAUUUGAAAAAGACCCAAAGCAGCUUGUGGACUACGAGGCAACUCAUGAUCUUAAUUAGACAAAUGUCAGUAGCAAAUAGAAUGAUAAGCACAGUCUUCACAAACUAAGCAAUCAAGGGGUAUAAAUCCUGCCCUCUAAUUUCCUUUGCAAUUAAGCAGUCCUUGGGCAUGCAGGAAGUAUGUGUCAUUUUAGGAAUUUUGGUGAAGGAUUUGAAAAGCUUAUCUGAGAUCAGAAAAACAGAAAUUUAUAUGAGGCCCUUCCAUGUCUCCAGGGUGACUCAGUUGAACACGGUAUAGAGAAGACUGAUGGCUUAAAUGACUUACACCCAGUCCUGAAUUAGUAAGCCUGCUAACUACAAAGUAAACCCCACUGGAUUUGCUGGGGCUGCUUUCAGAGUUAACUUGGAGUAGCUGGUACCACUGACUUGUCAUGAGAAUGCAAAGGCCCUUCUGCAUUCUGCUCUUGGCUGCUCAAGCUAACCUAGAGCUGCUCCUUUGCUUUAGUUUAUGAUGACCCCUGCUGGAUAGUCCUGUCUGAGAACGGGCUGCCAUUUAUUUAUUUUGAAAAAACAAGCCAUUGGGAAACAUUGAACAACAACAGGAAAGGCCUCCUGAAGCCAAAGAGAUCAGGAAACCGCAGUGAGUUUUCUCAGCACUCUGUUGUUCCAGAGUUUGGCACAAUUCCUGUUUCAGCGGAGAUUCGAGGGAACAGACGUCUGUGGUCUGUGUACUGCCCAGAGAGAGGCUUGGGAAGAUUAUAGUCACUCCCAGAAAAUGAUUACCUUUUCAGAAGCAGCUUCUUGCCCUUUCAGCAAGGCACUGAACUUGGGAAGAAUGCCGGGAUACCCUUAUAUACAUCAUAGGUAACCAGCUACAAGGACUGUUUAAGGGCCUUGUCAGAAGUGUGAUCCAAUGGGAGCCCACAUCCAUUGAACCAUGCAGCCCAUCUAGAGUGAUUCCAAGAGUUAGAUGCCCAUCUCCAGAAAUGAUCUGAGACAUUGGUGCAUCACAGCACCACCAUUAUCACCACCAUAUAAAUAUAUGGUAAAAUAAAUAAAUGAAGAAAUAGGUCCCCAAAUGCAGAUGCGGAGAUAGCUGCUCUAGCACCCGGAGCAGCAUACAUGGGGCUAGCUGCCUGUGAGGGCAGGGCGAGCAUCCUGGGGGGGCGGCAGCGAUGUCACCCCCCUCAGGGAUGACACCCAGGGCAGGCUGCACCCACCGCAACCCCCUUCCUCCUCCAGUGCCCAAAUGCAUGUUUGGCUUCCAAGUAGAUCUGGGUCUGAAAAAGCUGAAGGCUGCCAUUCAAAGAUAAACAGAACAAAAGGAUCGAUUUUCAGCUUGCUAGUUGCAAGAGUUCCCCAACAGCCACCACGGACAAAAGCAAGUCAUAAGGAGCACUUAAGCAACAGCCAUCUGAAAAAGCUCAAAAUCACACACAGAUUACGGAAUGGCGCGUCUCAUGGAUUCAGAUCAUAACCCUCAUGCUGCGGCAUAAUUUCCAGAUACUUCUUUAUUAUUUAUGCAUUUAUUUAAAAUAUUUAUAUACUGCUUUUCUAUUAAAUUAUCCCAAGGGGCUUUCAAUAAAAAAUUCAUCACAGAACAAUAACAAUCCAUCACAAAUAAUAAAAACUUCUGUCCAAGCCGGCAUCAUACAGAUGAUUCAUUUGGAGGACUGUUCAUGAGAUGUGCCAAAUGAUCUUCUCAGAGCUUCUGAGUAAUCAUUCCUAGAGCGGGGGGUGGGGAGGGUGGGCUAAUCUGUGGUCAUCUACAGAUGUUGCUGUAUUUCAUUUCCCACCUUUCCUGAUCAUUGGCUAUUUUGGCUGGGACUGAUGAUGGGAGUUGGAGUCCAACAAUAUUUCCCAAGCCUUUUUGAAUCUCACACCAAUCAGCUGAAAGCCACAUCUUACUUUUCCUCCUAGCAAAGUAUUUGGCUACAUCUCCAUCAUUUCUGACCCACGGAACUCUGCUUUUUAUUAUUAUUUUCCUGUGUGUUUGCUACUAUAUUCAAAAAUUCCAUUCUGCUCAUAUUAUUGGCUCUACUUUUGUGAUAUUUUUUGUGUGCUUAACUUCACAUCAGUAUUUGAGCAGAAUGUACCUAGGGGUUGGCUAGAUUGGUGCCUGGCAAGGGCACAAGUGCAAGGCCACCCAUCCCCACACUCCCUGGCAUGCUUCUCUGGGUGAGGUAUGCAGGCUCCUCUGGGCAUCUUGGUGGAGGAAUUGGGUCAUUGGCAUGGGUCAUUGCAGUAGCCGUGUGGGAUCUCCUCCCCAGUUGACCAGUGGUGCUAUUAGAAUUGUGAGUGGAGUGCCCAGUGGAGCUUGGAGGAAAGAAAUAUGAAGAGAGCAGGUGAGAGUUACAGGAGGAGGAAAAGGGGAGGGAGGGGACAGAAGGGAAAUCAGUGAGUGGUGUGAGGGAGGCAGACAGGCAGAUAGAUGGACCAAUUGAGGAGGAGGAGGAGGAGGAGGAGGGGAGGCGGAGCAGAGCACACCUGACCUCAAUGGCUGUGGAUGAAGUCGCUAGUGGAGCGUGAAAGGUGAAAAAAGCAAACUUUCCCAUUUCUGGUCCAUGAUCUCUCCUGGCUUCAGAGGUGCAGAAGCAGCUCCUUGCCAAGUAUGCAAGGGAGCCUAGGUACACCUCUGAAUUUGAGUGAACGAUUCCCCUGCCCCUGUCACAAACAGUUUGAAUGAGCAAAAGUUCAUACAUGUAUGCACAUUUUCCAUGUUGUACACUGAUGUCAGAUUUCUGGCAGUAUAACUCAGAAACCUUUUUGUUGCGAAAAACAAAAAAAGAGGCAACCAUUUUUGGAUAUAAUAAUAAUAUAAAUUACAAUACCUUGUGAAUACUGACAAUUUUAGAAGGGCAUUGCUGAACUCGCCGAUGUUCUCCUUUCUAGAUUUAGCCUGGCAAGCUGCUUUUCUUGAAGGGAAGCAAUAAAAAACAUUCACAUUUCUUCUGUUUUGCUUUUAGGUCUGGAUGGCAGGUCAGGCUCAAUCGGGCAUAACAAACUCCUCAGGCCUGUGGCUUCAGUGUGUAAACGGGGUUUGUGGGGAUCUUCGCUUUGAAGAAGACGACCUCAGUAAGGGUCCAUUUACUUUCAUCUGAGUAAUGUGCACUGUUUGAAACAACAGUCAUGUAUUUUGACAAGGAUUGUGACUUCACGUUCACACCUUUUUCUCUCUCUUCCGUGUGUCACUAGAUGCACUCAAGGCAGUGCAAGCCUUCAUGAUCCUCGCCAUCAUCUUUUCCUUUGUCUCCCUGGUCAUGUUUGUGGUGCAGCUCUUCACGAUGGAGAAAGGAAAGCGCUUCUACAUGACAGGAGCCAUUAUGCUGGUUUGCUGUAAGUGAGGCACAUGCAGAAUGUGCUGCUUUGUUUUGCUAUGCUCUCACAGGAAUUGUGAAUUAUUUCCCAUGGGCUCAGGUUGGUUACAAUUAGGGAAGCUUGAGGAAUUUGUUCUUUGGAAAUUUUGACCUGAUCUAUGUCCUCUUUUGUCUGGGGGUACAGGGUCCAAAAUUAAAUUGCUAGCCACCCAUGUAACAAAAUUUGAACCGGUGAAGUUUCCCCUGUAUUUCAAACUAGAAAAAGCUUAACCUAUGGAGUUUCUGUCGGCAUAAAAACCCUUCUUUUCCCCAGUGCCAACCCUAAACCCAAAACUUGACUACAAUCUUGUACUCAUCUACUUGGGAAUAAGCACAAUUAAAACACAAAGAGACUUACUCCUGAGUCGAAAGGAAUACCAUUGUUCUGUCAGUUAACUAUACAGUAUAUUCUUAACAAGUGCCUUGGUUUUAGCUACUGCAUAGCAGGAGACACGUCCAAGCCUCUUUGCAAAGUUUUCACCUUUUGCAUUUGCCAUGCCACAGGGAACAACUUAAUAUCCACCCACAUUUACUGUGUGCUGGUAUUUCCAGGAAAGAACUUCUAGGGAGUACAGUACCUGAUCUUAGAUUAAUCCACAACAGUGCAUCCUGUCUUGCUGGGGGGGGAAGGAAGUGAAAACUACAAAGAUUCUAAGAACUAGAAAAUUAUUCAGAAGUAGGAAAAGUGAAAUAAAAGGGGAAAGGAAAACCGCAGGUAUUCCUAUCUCCUGCUGACUAAACAACUGACACAUAAAUCACAGCACCUACUUCACUACUUAGCUAAAAGUAUUGAAGGCAGGAGCAGUCAUUCUGGCACAUUUCACAGAAAUCAGUUAGAAGGGUGCAUGCACAUUUUGUCUUGUAACUUUCUUUCUAGGAAGGCUAGAGACUUACUUUUUGUAUUAAAUGAAAACUCAGAACCUGGGCUCCCUUAUUGGCUGUGUGCCUGGUACAUAAGUGCCUCCUGUACAUGCCUCUCCAAGUACCGUAUUUUUCGCUCUAUAGCACACACCCGACCAUAACACGCACAUAGUUUUUAGAGGAGGAAAAUAAGAAAAAAAUAUUCUAAACGAAACAGCGGAUGUAUGAUUUUUGUGGUUCAUGCUGUGGCCACAGACAUGUGAUCUGACGGAGAGUUUGGGGUAGCCCAAUGCAAAAAUCCUGAGGAUCCAUGUGGAUCCAUGCUUUGUAACCACGUUUUUGCACCACUGCGGCCCCAGGCAACAGUGGGUGCGUGAUUUUUUUGGUGCAAGCUGUAGCCAUGGACAUGCUAUGUGAUCUGAUGGUGAAUUUGGGGUGACCCAGUGCAAAAAUCCUGAGGUUCCAUGUGGAUCCGUGCUUUGCAACCAUGUUUUAAGUGGGGAGGGAAGGAAAAGCACUCAACGGACAAGGAACACGCGUGGGGUGUGUGGAGAAGGAUGCUGCUAAUAAUGCAGAAGAGGGGUAUAAGAGGAGAAGGCUCCCCUCCUCUCCAGCUUUGCUCCUUUAAAGCAAGCAGGCUCUCUGUCCCUCUCUCCUCCCCACUCAGCGGGUCUUCUCCCGCUUUGCUAUUUCAAAGCAAGCCACGGAGGAGGGAAGGAAGGGGAACCAUGGAUCCUCUGCACACGACUGCAGCAGAUCCCCCCACCAUCCGUAGGCAUUCGCUCCAUAACACGCACAGACAUUUCCCCUUACUUUCUAGGAGGAAAAAAGUGAGUGUUAUGGUGCAAAAAAUACGGUAAAUUACCGAGAUAAUCAUGGGGCAGGGGGUGCUAUUCAUGACGAUCUUUGGGCUAGAAGCAGAAUUCAUGUUGAAAAGGAGUCACUUGAGAUCAUUUGGAUGGACUAAAGGUUUAUUCUUUCUUUCCCUCCUCAGGGCUGUUCAUUCUGAUCUCCGUCUCCAUCUACACGGCCCGUUUUCCACAAUACUUCAAAAGCAGUCUAGACCACCACGGCUACUCCUUCAUACUUGCCUGGAUCUGCUUCUGCUUCAGUUUCAUCGUUGGGAUUCUGUAUCUUGUGCUCAGAAAGAAAUGAGGGGAGCAGGGGAGAAACUGGGAGGGCGGAUUGGAAAUAUGGGGGGCUUGUGGGAGGGAUGCGAAGUUGCUUUGCUAUGAGAACUGUUUGCCCAAAGACAAGAAUCCAUACACUGCUCACCUAACGUGCCCAAUCACAGAAAUAAAUCAGGGAGAGAGGGAGAGAGAUUGAGCAAUAGACUUUCCACUGUCAUGGAUCCUGACACCAGGAAUGUGCUUGAAGAACCAAAUAGCCAGCUCUUAUCUCUUUUCUCAGUAACUAACAUGUGCAUCCCAUCUUCUGCCCAUUUUCUGCCCCACUUCAGAAAAUCUGGAAAAGUUAUAAGGUGCAGCUUUCUUCCUUAAAUUUUAGAAGUUAUGAUAUGCUUCCCAGUGGUUUCCAUUCGGGAGAACAUUCCCACUCAGUCUGGAAGGUGUAGUGCUUGUCAGGGACGCUGGGGCAGAACCCUGCCUCCCUUUUCUUGACAAGCAAAUGACACACAACGUAGGCAUGCCUUGACUGACAUGAAGCCAAAUUCCAGCAGUAAAACCACUGCAAGCCACUUUUUUUUCUUUUAAAGACACUUCCAUCACCAUCUCAUUUCCCCAGGAACAGACUUGCUGCUGCUGAGGAGAUCAGAGGGGAAACAACCAGCAAGGAAUGAAAAGAGGGGUGAAUGUGGGUGGCAAAAGGUGGGACAGGGGAGAGGAAGGCAUACAAGGACCUUAAUUAUGUGGAAUAGAGUUAUUAGGGCUCUGAUGAAUGUCAUUAGAGUGUGACUUUCCAUUAGAGCCCACUGUGUUACCUAUUUAACGCAGCUGCACUAGGAAGAUCAGAUGGAGCCCCCAUGUUGCCACCAAAUGGUUAGGUCUGUGAUGUGUGUAUUCAACAAGCAGUAAGUUUGAAAGGUCUGCUUGCAGUCAGAUCUUUUGAGGCAUUCAACUUAGGCUCAUGGGACCAAGCACCAAACUGGAUUAAUUUUUUUCAUCUAUAGGCAAUAGGCAACUUUCUUUUGGUUGUCACAUAGAAUAGGGUUGGGGGUUGUUUUUCAGAAUAGGGUUUUAUAAUAUCAGACUUGCCUUGGCACUAUAAUGUAUACCUUAGAAAAGCCUUAAACUAACUAUCACCCGUUUAUUUGUUUGCUGCUUUUCUGCGGUAAACCAUGCCCACGGCAGCAGACCUUAUAUCCCACAAGAAAUGUUGCAUAUGACUUAGAGCAGUGCUCCAGACACAGGAUUCUGCGUAGCUGAAUGGAAUCGGAGAAGGGCCUUCUCUCUGUUGUGUUGGUUUUAAUUCCUCACUCCCUGCCCCCAUGCCAUCAUCUCAUAUAACAUCUCCCAGGGCAUGAGAAGCAGUUCAGCUAAUUAAAUGUUGCAAACCGAAGGCCAAGCAGGAAAUGGAAAGAAUUAUUAUGUCAUCAUGACUGUCUGCAUCAGGGUUUUCAACCCUUUUGGUCUUGCCAUUUAGAUCACUUAGGAUAAUGUGUGGAAACUAUGAACGUUAAGAGGCUGUCGCUCUCACUGCCUUGCUCCACCCCAGUCACAUGAAACGGGGAGAGACAAAUUCAAGGCUGCAAGUUUAAUAUCAACAGUAUUUUUCUUCUUUCUUUUGUUACAUUCUCCCUCCCUUCCCAUGUACAACUUUUGUAAUUUGGUGGCUACAUCCUUCUAUUGUACUUGCUGUUUCUUGAAGUUUGUUUCGUGUGUGGUCUUUGUAAAUAUUUUGAUACAACCAUUCCUAACUGUAGGGAUAUAUUAAAGACAAAAAUGACAAUAAUCCAGUUCCCGUUAUCAGAAACAAAGAGUCUUGCUGGAAUUGAUUUCUUUCUCCCAUGUAUGAAUGUUGUUCUUUUCCCCUGGCUGCAUCAAGUUUGAUUUCAAAUAUGGGCUGGCUGAUCUGUGGUGGCACGACCACAUGGCUGGGUAAUUCAGAGGACUGAUGUCAGGAGCUAGCAGAAUAUAAAGGCUAAACCACAUGUAGAGUACAGUGGUACCUCUGUUUACAAACUUAAUCCGUUCCGGAAGUCCUUUCUUAAAUCGAAACCAUUCUUAAACCAAGGUGCGCUUUCCCUAAUGAGACCUCCUGCCGCUGGUGCCCUUCCACUGGUCAGAUUCCAUUCUUAGAUGGAGGUAAAGUUCUCAAACUGGGACACUACUUCCUGUUUUGUGAAGUUCGUAAACCAAAUCGUUCUUAAACAGGACUGUUCUUAAACCGAGGUAUCGCUGUAUCACUUAAACCGAGGCAACUACACUGUAAACCACAGGUCAAUGGUGCUGGUAGUGGGGGAGAAACCACAGAUCUUUUGUGCAGCAUGGAGAAUUUCAGGCCUCUAGUCUUUGUGGCUGUGAGGGGAAGUUUAAAAUACAUUGUGAGAGUAUGCCAAAAGCUACAAAGCAACCAAAGCAAAAGCAAAGCCAACGUACUGUGUUUUUCAAAAUUAAUCAUUUCAAAGCCUACCUCGGGAUACUGGUGGACCAAAAUCUCCUCAAGAUAUUUGGGGUCUGUAAUGCUACACUUUUAGUCUCCCCACACAUGUUUUUUUAAGGGCCCAGAUUUCAUGAGUCCCAAGCUUAAUGGCUUCAAAGUAAGGUUUCACUCUUAUUUUGUAACACAAUGCUUACAAUUAUGUUGAUGUAGCAGUUAAGAUAAGGAGGUGUUAACCAUUCCUUGGUUUUCUAUUCAAAACUCCAGGAGGUUUGUUGCUGCCUGUAAGGUAAAAAAGGUAAAGGACCCCUGGACGGUUAAGUCCAGUCAAAGGCGACUUUGGGGUGGCGGUGCUCAUCUCUUAGGCCGAGAGAGCUGGCGUUUGUCCACA